AUGUCCGCCGUGAAAAACAUCUCCUCAUUCAGACUCGCCUCUCUCCUCCGCCGCGAGAAUAACCCCUCCGCCGCAAUCAACCUUUUCCGAAACCCUGAAUCAACAAACCCAAAAAAACCCUUCAGAUACUCCCUUCUUUGCUACGACCUCAUCAUCACGAAACUCGGCGGCUCCAAGAUGUUCCACGAGCUUGAUCAGGUCCUCCUCCAGCUCAAAAACGAUACUCGUAUCGUCCCAACGGAGAUAAUAUUCUGUAACGUGAUCAAUUACUUUGGCCGUGGAAGAUUACCAACUCGUGCCCUCCACGUGUUCGACGAAAUGCCUCAGUACCGAUGCCAAAGAACUAUGAAGUCCGUUAACUCUCUGUUGAAUGCUCUCUUAAUGUGCGGUGCUUUCGAUAAAAUGAAGGAAUUUCUCACGAGAAUUGAUGAGUUUGGUAAGCCAGACGCUUGUACUUACAAUAUACUGAUCAAUGGAUACAGUCAUAGCGGGUGUUUCGAUGAUUCGUUGAAGCUAUUCGACGAAAUGGUCAAGAAGAAGGUGAAACCCACUGGUGUAACUUUUGGAACGCUGAUUCACGGGUUGUGUAAGGAUUCGAAGGUGAAGGAAGCGUUGAAGAUGAAGCAGGAUAUGUUGAAAGUGUAUGGAGUGUAUCCCACGGUACACAUUUAUGCAUCGUUGAUCAAAGCGUUGUGUCAAGUUGGUGAACUGAGUUUGGCGUUUAAGUUAAAGGAUGAGGUUAAAGUAGACUCAGCUAUCUACUCUACGUUGAUUAGCUCGCUUAUAAAAGCUGGAAGGCCAAAGGAGGUCUCAGGGAUUUUGGAGGAGAUGAGAGAAAAGGGCUGUGAACCGGAUACAGUGACUUACAAUGUACUGAUUAAUGGGUUCUGUGUUGAGAAUGAUUUGGAAUCGGCUUAUCGAGUUUUGGAUGAAAUGGUUGGAAAGGGUUUGAAACCAGAUGUUAUAAGCUACAACAUGAUACUUGGCGCCUUGUUUAGAAUCCAGAAUUGGAAAGAAGCAACUUAUUUGUUUGAAGAUAUGCCUAGAAGAGGUUGUGUCCCUGAUAUCUUAUCGUAUAGGAUAGUUUUCGAUGGGCUUUGCGAAGGUUUACAAUUCGAAGAAGCAGUUGUUGUCUUGGAUGAAAUGCUUUUUAAAGGGUACAAGCCUCGCAGGGAUAGGCUAGAGAGGUUUCUAAAACGGCUAUCUGAGAGUGAAAAGUUGGAGAUUCUUGGUAAAGUUAUGGGUACCUUGAAUAAAGGGAAUGCUUAUGCUGCUGAAAUUUGGUCGGUUAUAGUGCCUACAGUGUGCAAAGAACCUCUGCUAUCAGAUUCUUCUAUUCAUUUGUUGUUAAACUAA